GGCAGCGGCGGCGGGCAGGGAGGGCACCCACCCAUCAUCCGCCCCUCCUUCUAUCCACCCAUCACCCGUCCAUCGGCACGGCCGCGGCAGGCAUGGUUUUGAAUCCUGGGUUUGGAGUGUGCUGCAGCCUGCUCUGCUCCAGUGAAGCUCUUUUGCAGGGUGUGUGUUUUGGGUGAUGGUGGUGCCUGGCAGUGCCCUUGUCAUACAGCAGGACCAUGCUCUGGAGCCUGACUUAGGACGAGACUCAGCAGAGAACUCAGCCAUGGGCCCCGACACGGAACCGGCGCCCGAGGAGGUGGGCCCGGAGCUGGAGGAGGUGAGGAAGCUGAGGGAGCUGGUGAGGAGGCUGGAGAUCCAGAACCAGCACUCCAGAACCAAGAGCAGCAGGACCUGCUUGGGGACAGACGUGCAGAAUGAGGUCCAUGCUGGUGUGGGUAACCACGGCUCGGGGCUUAGCGGGAUGGAGAUCCAUAACAGCAUCAACGCCAUGAGGGAGAAGCAGGAGCUGCAGCUCAUGGCAGAUCUGCACAGCUGCUUAAGCAAGAUGAGGAAAGAGGAAGGAGAGAACAACUGCUUGCUGCAGAGGGACCUGGAUGCCCCUGCGCAGUACAGCUGCAACACUGCCACUGAGGAGCUGUCUUCCAAGAUGUGUCAAGUGGAUGAGAAGGUCAGGUGCUCUGCACACAGGGAUACAAACAACAGCACGGAGCUUGUGGGGAGCUUGGUGGUGGCAGGGAUUGAUCCCUCAGCUGAAACAGAUGAACAGAAUCCCAGUGAAAAAGGAGGAGAUGUAGAAAGCCUUCCAGCUAACGCAGAUCUGGACGAGGUGAAAGUCUUAGAACUUGAAAACUGCAACGAAGAAGAAGAUUGCUGGCUCUAUGUGUCCCCAAGGAAAGCUCCCACAGACCAGAAAACAAACUCGCCUUUACAAUGGUGCCGACAGGUGCUGGACAACCCCACUCCUGAGACAGAAGCAGCCUGCAGAACCCUGAUAAACAGACUUGAUCAAGCCAGUAGAUGGAAAAACCUGUAUUGCAGCCCACUGGCCUCACCAAGUGCACAUAAUUUGAACACAGAGCCAGGCUCCUGUAGCACUGCUCUAAACUCUCCUGGGCAUCUCAAAUCAACUAACAAAGCACUACUAACCUGUGGCAGCUCAGGUUAUCUGAGCAUGCAUUCUGCACUGAGCUCCCAGUCAUCUGUGGACAGUGAGCUGAGCACCUCUGAUGACUCCAUCUCCAUGGGAUACAAACUCCAGGACCUGACAGAUGUCCAGGUUAUGGCACGCCUGCAGGAAGAAAGCCUGCGCCAGGAUUGUGCCUCCAGCUCCGCCUCCGUCUCCCGCCGCAGCUCCAGCGCCUCCCUCCACUCCCUGCGCAGAGGGACCUACAGCGACCAGGAGUUCGACACCUACAGCCUGGAGGACGAGGAGGACUGUGACUGCUCCCUGUCGUACCGCAGUGCUCACAGAUACUCCCCGUCCCCGCUCAGCUCCCCCCGCUGCCAGUCCCCUUCCUCCUGCACCGAGCACAGCAGGGCCACCCCCUCCCGCAUCCGGCCCCCCAGGAGGGCUCUGCAGAGCCCCAUGCAGGACAGGCUCAAGUAUGGCAGCAGUGAAGAGGAGAUGAGGCACAGCAUGCCCAACCUGGCCAGGCCCAGCCUGCGGGCUCUGGAGUCUGUGCGCAGCAGUCGGAGCCUGGAGUCGGACCUGCAGGUGCCAAACAGCCGCAUCCCAAGGACACAGCAACGCUCAGCAGGUCUGACUCCCGGGAAGCUCAGGUAUUCCUCCAGUGCUGGGCAGUCUCCCCUCACCGUGCGGCAGCCGCUGAAGGGUGGGUCCUGCACAAACUCCCUGUUAGCAGCCAGGCAGGCAGUGAAAGCCUGCACUUACACAAACCCCAGCACUGGAGUUCGGAAACCACAGCUCAACGCAGGCUCCUCCAGCAGCACUUGCACUACCAGAAGCAGCAACGUGGUCACCGUGGCAAAAAAUUCACCCCUGAAGGCACGCACAUCUCUAGGGGGAAUCUCAGUGGCCAGGGGCAAGGCAACACCACCAUCCAAGAGGUUGCUCCAGUCAGCACAGAGCACUCAGGCAGCCGAGGACGAUUCCUGGAAGGAGGGGUGUUACUGACCCCAGCUGGCUGGGUGUAAGGACCUUGUUUGACAGCCCCCCUCCCCAGCCCUGUCCCACUCCAGACUGCUGUACAUAGGUCCUCACCAUCCUCACCUCCUCCUGCUGCUCUGCCCAGAGCCUGACCUCUUCUUCCUGGUGGACUUCACUGGGUUUCCACCCUCCACAACGUGACUGACACCCCAGUCUUCUCCUGGAGACUGAGCCUUAUUUCACAGACACCUCUGCCUCCAGCCCUGGGGGAGGCUGGGAGGUCACAGACACCUCCAGAGGUGACCUGCUUCUAGGGGUGCUGGUGUGGGAAGGCUGCUGGUUGUCCUGUUGGUGCCAGAGAGCAGCUCUGAGCUGCUCCCCCCCAUCUGCCACGGGGCAGUGGCUCGGGCAGAUAGAAAUAGUUCUCUAGGUGUUAGAAGUGAGACUUUUUAAAUUCAACCUGAUGUGACUCAUAUUUGUCUGGAACUCAACUGUUUGGGUUUGUUGGAUUUAUUAUUUUUUUUUUUUUUUACUUCUGUAUAGAAUGUAUUUCUGCUACUUUUUAUUGUUUGUUUUAGAAGAUGAAGCAGGUUUUUAUAACUGUAGGACACUUCCAGCUGUUGUAUCCAGGUGCGUGCAUCACAGUUCACAAGUGCAGGAGCAGUUACACAAUAUUUGUGUGGGUUUGUGGACCACUGCAGGGACAGGGAUGCUCUUCACAAACUGCUGUUUCUCAGCCUCUUCAUCUCUCAGAUGAGGAAGUUAAUAAACACCAGUUAAAUGUAAGCUUUUUACAGAUAACCCCCUUACUGAUCUGACUUGAAGUCUUCCCCUUGGAUCUCUUCCAGCCAGCUCCCAACUGCCCUGAUUUUUCUUUUUUGUAGAACUUUUCUACUGUCUCUUUGGCUAUGAAGGAUUCCCUUCCAGUGUCCUUUUCCUCAGCAAAUGCUGGAUGCAACAAAUUCAGUCUUAGUACAGAGAAAUAUGCACUGAUAGCAAUGUUCUCCCUGCCAUCAAUGUGAUUUUGAUAGUGUAGUUUAAUAAAAUGUUAUGGUGCUGAAAUAGAUCUGCU